UGCCAGUUGACUCGGUGCCCGCAGUCUUGCCAGACGACUCGGUGCCCGCAGUCUUGCCAGACGACUCGGUGCCCGUUGACUCGAUGCCCGCUGUUCCGGCAGACGACUCGACUGUUUGACUCGAUGCCCGCUGUUCCGCCAGGUGACUCGGUGCCCACUGCCUUGCCAGAUGACGCGGUGCCCGCUGGCGAGCUAAAUGACCUGAUGCCUGUUGACUCGAUGCCCGCUGUUCCGCCAGACGACUCGGUGUCCGCAGUCUUGCCAGACGACUCGGUGUCCGCAGUCUUGCCAGACGACUCGGUGUCCGCAGUCUUGCCAGACGACUCGGUGUCCGCAGUCUUGCCAGAUGACUCGGUGCCCGCAGUCUUGCCAGACGACUCGGUGCCCGCAGUCUUGCCAGACGACUCGGUGCCCGCCGCUCCGCCUGGGGGCCCGAGACCUGUCGCUCCGCCUGGGGGCCCGAUGCCUGUCGCC